GGCUCUGGACAGAAGUUAAAGAAGCGUCCCUGUUUCCACCAGAUUAAUCCCAUUGUUUCCCAAGACGGGGACUUGGUGAUUGGGAUCUUCUUAUCUUUGUUCUCAGUUGAAGUGAACAUGGUAACAGGAGAAGAAUUAUUUAAAAGUCCUCCUAACAAAGUUUGUAAGCCUUAUCAGUGGCUGCAUAAAAAUUACCAGCAGGCUCUGUCUGUAGUGUUUGCUAUAGAUGAGAUUAACAGUGAUCCCCAUCUGUUGCCUAACAUUUCCCUUGGAUUUCACCUCUACAACACCUACCACAGUGAUGAAAAGACCUUGGAGAGCUCCCUGCAGUGGCUGACUGGGCAGGGCCCGCUCAUCCCUAACUACAGCUAUGGGGUAAAGGAUAAAUCUGUUGCUGUUAUUGGAGGAGCCACGUCAGCUCUCUCUGUCCAGAUGGGGACUCUUCUCAACCUUUACAAGUUUCCACAAAUCAGCUAUGGCCCAUUUGAUUCCAUUCUUAGCGACAAAGUCCAGUUUCCUUUCCACUAUCAGAUGGCCCCUAAAGACUCUUCUCUUUACCAAGGUGUUGUUCGCUUAAUUGUAUAUUUUGAAUGGAACUGGGUAGGCCUGGUUGUCUCAGAUGAUAUGAGAGGUGAGGAAUUCCUCGGGGAAAUAAGGGCAGAAAUGGCAAAGAGUGGUAUUUGUGUGUCCUUCACAGAGAAGAUCCCUGUCAGUGAGAGAACACAUAUGGAAUCACACGAGACCUUCAUGCCCAGGAUCUCAAUGUCAGCAACCAAAGUUAUUGUCAUCCAUGGUGACACAGAUUCAUUAAUGAUUAUGAGAUACUCAGGAAUUCCUUUAGUAGUAACAUGGAAGAUUUGGAUUGCCACAUCUCACUGGGAUAUUACUAUGAGACCCCACUAUCUUGAUGGUCAUACUUUUCAUGGGGCUCUCACAUUUUCACAUUUGAUGAGGGAAAUUCCUGGGUUCAAGUCUUUUCUUAAGGCUGUUACACCUUCUAAUUACCCAGAUGACAUUUUACUUAGGGGAUUUUGGCUCUCAGCCUUUAAGUGCUCAGAUCAACCAGAAGACCCAGAACAAGAGAUAUGUUCACCAAAUUCUUCCUUGGAGACUUUACCUCUAUACUCUUUUGAUACGACCAUGUCUGCUUUCAGUUAUACCAUCUACAAUGCUAUCUAUGCCGUGGCUUGGGUUAUCCAUGAAAUAUUUUUGAGAAAAUCAGAGAAAAUAUCACUGGGAGUUGAUGAAUAUUUAGAACCUCAUUCAUGGCAGCUGCAUUACUCCCUCAAAGACAUCCAAUUUAACAACAGUGCUGGUGACCAGGUGUUUGUGGAUGAGACGAAAAUCUCGGUGGCUCAGUAUGCCAUUAUGAACUAUGCAUUCUUUCCUAAGGAAAUUGAUGAACUGGUAAAAGUGGGACAGUUUGUCCCCAAGGCUCCAUUUGGACAAGAUUUCACAAUUUGUGAGGAUGCCAUUGUGUGGGGCUGGAUGGAUAAUAAGGUUCCUCGUGGAGUGUGCAGUGAUAGUUGUGGUCCUGGAUUUAGGAAGACCCUUUUGGAGGGGCAGCCUACCUGCUGCUUUGACUGCUCUCCAUGUCCAGAAGGGGAGAUUUCCAGUCAGAUUGAUGCAGAACAUUGUAUGAAGUGCCCAGAGAUUGAAUAUCCAAAUAAACAGAGAGAUCGAUGCCUCUCCAAGGUUGUAACUUUCCUGAAUAUGAAAGAACCUUUAGGGAUGAUACUGACAUUGAUGGCUCUUUCCCUCUCCUUACUGACAGUUCUGGUUCUGGUGGUCUUUGUGAUGUUUCAAGACACUCCCAUAGUGAAAGCCAAUAACAGGACUCUCAGCUAUACUCUCCUCAUCUCUCUUAUCUUCUGUUUCCUCUGCUCCCUGCUCUUCAUAGGCCAUCCUACCACUGCCACCUGUCUCCUCCAACAAACAUUAUUUGCAGUUGUGUUCACAGUGGCCAUUUCCUCCAUUUUAGCCAAAACUAUAAUAGUGGUUGUGGCUUUCAGGGGUAUUAGUCCAGAGAGCAGGAUCCGCAUGUUCAUACAUCCUAGAAUGUCCAUCUAUGUUGUUCUUAUCUGUUCUGGGAUUCAAGUGAUUUUCUGUGGCAUCUGGCUGGGCACCUAUCCCCCCUUCCCAGAGGCAGAUGCACAUUCUGAAUAUGGUCACAUAAUCAUUAGAUGUAAUGAGGGCUCUGCCUUUGCCUUUUAUUGUGUCUUGGGCUACAUGGGCUUUCUAGCCCUGGCAACUUUUACUGUAGCUUUCCUGGCCAGAAACCUUCCUGACACCUUCAAUGAAGCCAAGUUCAUCACUUUCAGCAUGCUGGUGUUUUGCAGUGUCUGGGCCACUUUUCUGCCCACAUAUCAGAGCACCAAAGGGAAGGCCAUGGUGACUGUUGAGAUAUUCUCCAUCUUGACUUCUAGUGCUGGGCUACUGGGCUGUAUCUUCAUUCCCAAGUGUUAUGUGAUCCUCCUCAAGCUAGAGAAAAAUGCCCAGGAACAGAUGAAGAAUAAAAGGGAUUCUAGAGGCAAGCUUUUUUCUGGAGGACAGCUUUAUACUUCUAGUUCUGGGAAUAAUAGGCUUGAAGAUUAA